CGAAAAUCACAAAGAAAAGAACCCACAAUUUGCAGCUAUGGAUGUUGAGAAGAAAGCGCGGCUUGCGGCCAACAUCGCAGACUACUGGCGACCCGUGGGUGGUCAAGUCCCUCGACGACGUUUUGAAGAGGUGACAACAGUGGAGUUUCUUCGGGACUACGUGGCCAUGUCACAGCCCCUCAUCUUCACGGAUCUACCAAGUGAACAAUGGCCCUGUUUGCACCGCUGGACCGAUGAGUACCUCACCACGCUGAGCGAGCACUUCGUCUCGGUGAACGUCACGCCCAACGGCCGCGCCGAUGCGGUGGACGAAGAGGGGAGGUUUGUGAAGCCUUUGGAGGAACGGAUGAGCUUCCAGGACUUUUGGAAAUCUUUGUCCUCUGGAGGCGAAGUCCUAUACCUUUCACGGCAGAACGACUCCUUGCGCGAGGAAUUCGCACCGUUGCUGGGCGAUAUCCCCUCGGUGGUGCCCCUGGCUGCGGAGGCCUUCAACAACGACCCGGAGGCCAUCAAUCUAUGGAUUGGCGAGGAUCGCUCUGUCUCUUCAUGUCACAAGGACCCUUAUGAGAAUUUGUACCUCGUGGUGCGCGGAACCAAGCUCUUCACACUUUUGCCUCCAGCCAGCGCCCCGUUCUUGCACGAGGAGGAAGUGCCAGCUGCUUCGUACGUGCGCAAUGACUCUGGGCAGUUGGAAGUGGUCUUGGACAAUCCAGAGGACUUCGUGCCAUGGAUCCCCUUCGACGUCGCCGACGUCUACGGCGACGGCGAUGGUCGCUACGCGGACUAUGGUCGCUUCGGCGCCGCGCUGGCGGUGGAGGUCUCGGUGGAGGCGGGUGAGCUUCUCUACUUACCUGCCAUGUGGUAUCAUCGGGUGGCACAACGCGGAGUGACCAUUGCGGUGAACUAUUGGCACGACAUGCAGUUUGGGCACAACUACUUGCACCACCAGUUUCUCCGGGAUGCCUUUGGCAUGGACCGUUACGACGACGUCGAGGAGUGAUGCACCUUGGAGGAUGAAGAUCCAGGCUUCAUCGCUGAGGCAGACAUCCUUCCAGUCCCAUGGAUGGUCUGGGAGAGGUUGUUUGGAAUUGGAAGUUGAGCCCAUCCUUCUUUCGCGGACCCGACGGAGUCAGAUGGCGAAGCAUUUUCUGGUAUUGGUCAGAUGGCGAAGCACACGUCACAACACAUGGCAGACGGGGCGCUGACAGGCUGAGCUGGUGUGAAACACACUGCGAGUUCUCGAUGGCAAAUCACUGGGAAGGGGAGAUUCUGAGGGCUCCUGCGCCUUCGCGGCAAAUCGUUCAGGGCCAGUGAAUCAGCAGACCGCAGACACGGAAGACGAGACGCCGGUGCCCUAGCUGGCGGAGAAGCAGUGCGAAGCAGUGGAAUAUCUUCGGCAGAAAGUACAGGGAAAAAAAGGUGAUCAAGUGGAACAAGAGGCCUUGCACCGAGCAGUGAUUCAUCCUAGGAAUCCAGUCGUACCUUCUCAGAAGGUACGACUGGACCCUCCAAAUCUACAUAACAGUGCCUCCAAUCACCUUCUGAGAAGGUACUUGGAUCCCUAGGGUCAGUUCAACUGAAGGAGUUGGAAG